AUGAGGAAGAGAAGCUCUCCAGAGAAAGACCGUCCUGACUUUAAAAGCAGGAAACUGACUCCUGAUGAGAGGAUCACUGAGACACCAGAUGCGCUUCAACCUGAACCUGGACCCAGCUGUGUGUCUUUGAAGAGUGAUCGGUCAAAAUAUUUCAUCACCAACUUUAAAGGAAGAAAGUCUGCUGCUGCUGAGGAAGCUGAUGAGGAGAGCCUGCAGCAUCAAUCUGAUCUGGACUCAAUAUUUAAGAUGCUGGAGGGAAACAUUAUCAUGUUUGUGAAGGACGAGCUAAAGAAGAUGCAGAAUGAUCUGAAUCCAGAUUAUUCAGAGUGUCAGAGGGAUGAAGAGGAGGUGUUGGACAGUGAGGAAGAGAAGCAGAGAAGGAGCAGCAGAGAGUGCGGAGCAGACACAUGGUCGCCAGCUGUUGUUGUUAUCAUGGGUUACCGAGCAAGUAAGAUUGCCUCACAGGGAGACGACGCAUUCAUGCAAAAAUUCGCUACCGGCAGUGCGAGGUACAAAAAGGUGAUAAAGGAGAAUCAGGAUCAUAUGGAUGCAUUUAAAGCCAUCAAUAUCUUCAGAGAGCACAUGAUGGCCCAGAAGGCUUUCUACAAGGCUCUGUAA